AUGGGUGGGAUUGGCAAGAUUACUCUGGCUCAACAUGCAUUCAACAAUGAAGAAGUUGCAAAAUGUUUUGAUCAAAAGGUGUGGAUUUGUGUGUCAGAUGAUUUCAAUAGGUCAAAGAUCCUUCAAGGCAUGGUGAGCUCUCGUACUGUUUCUAAAUCUGAAAAAUUCUCCCACUACAGAAAUUCGGACCUUUUAGAAGAAUUGGAAAAACUCCUCAUCCCUCUACAAGCUUCUCAAAUGAGGUCUGCGAAAAUUGUGGUGACAACCAGAGAAUCAAAAGUGUUGAGAAAGCAAGAUGAAAAAAAUAAAAUUGUGCUAAAAGGUUUAGAGGAUGAUGACUACUGGGAAUUCUUUGGAAGUUGUGCAUUUGGUGGUACAGAGGCUAAUGAACAUCCAAGCUUGCAAAUUAUAGGAUAUGCUGUGAGGGAGUUUGCGAAGCUUGGAGUGAAUCCGGGAAAGCUUGCUAUUAUUUCCAAGGAAGAGGAGGAUAUUAUAUCUACACCUGAUGCAAUGGAGGAAACAUUAAAGAGCUUAUUGUAA